GACAUUAGCCUGGUCUGCAAAUCGAUCAGGCAGUCUCUAAUUAUUAACUAUGUUCAAUGAGUACCUUUAGUUAUCAGUUCUUACGGAAUUUGUCACGUAUGAAUAGAUGAUUUCCUCUUCUUCAAAUAAAUCGAAAGUCGCAUACCUUAUUAUCUUUAGAGUUCUACUGUUUAUUCUAAUCCUGCUUAUCAUUGCAGGAUCUGUAAUACUGUACCAGGGCCAGAAUAAGCGGUUUAUGGGCGCCUCCUCAUCUCACAAUAUGAAUCCACCAGUCAAAGUGCAACCUAAAGAGAAAGCCACAGCAUCAGUGAGUCUAUAGAGAUUAUUAUUAUUGCCAUCUCUGUUAAUAACGUUAAGAUUUUCUAAACCCAAUCUAAUGAAAUGGGUCCAAGAUUGGUUGCAAUUGCAAGAAUUAUUCAUAUUCUGUCUUCUCCCUUUUCACUCCUGCACUUAGUCUCAAGUGUGGACUUGAGUGACCAAAUCUGCUAGUGGACCAUACAAAAGGCAAAUUGUAGGCCUAAAUAUGUAUGAAUGUAUAAAUGUAUAUAUGAUUUAUCUAAAUAUCACUUGGCCAGACCUGUUUACUCUUACGAUUUUGGCGUACAAUGUACGAUUUUGAGGUGUAUACAUUAUACAUUAUAUACACUGUACGUUUAUUUUUUACUAUUAAGAUAAUUUAUUGAAUGAUUUUGUGAUGAUAUUGUACGAUUUUAAGAGUGUUGGGGUAAACAGGUCUGCUUGGCAAACUCUGUUACUAACUCCAGCAAUAACUGGAAUUUCAGGACUAGUAGUACUAGUGGCUAGUGGUUUAUCACAGAAUUUCAUAAAAAUCAAAAUCUUAAUUCCAAAAUUUCUGGUAAUAAAUAAUCACCUAAAUGUCUGUCAUCUUUAAAAGACUCUCUGGACCAGCCUUGCUCCCCUUAAGGAUGAACUAUUUGGAAAGUAUGGUUCCAUAUUUCUGAGUUUUUAAUAACAUGUCUAAAUAUUAAACCUUUAUAACUUUAUAGUAGAUAAAACAAGGUGACUAGACUUUCUAAUUCAGUUGGGAGUGGGAGGGGGCAGUAAUAAUUAUUCAUUUACCAGUAGUAGGUAGGCAGGGAGGUCUACAGUAAUAUCAAAACAAUUACGUACUAGAACUGUAACCUCAUACUCCAUAAUUAAUUACAUUUUUGUUAAAUUCAUAUAUACUAUAUAGCUAAACAAUAAUUAUUUGUGAUAUUUUUUACAAACAGAUAACUUUUAGUCAAUGUAUGCGGCUGUUUUUGCUGAUCAAAAAAACAAUGCUUUGAUGCCCAAAAAUUGCUCAUUAAAUUUUGUAUUUAUAUUUUAGCUUAUAUUUCUUCAUGGUCUGGGUGACACAGGGUAAGUGUUAAAAAUGUGUAACUUAGUUUUUUUUAUAAGUAUAUGACAGUCAUGAGAAAUUUCAUAUGAAAUGAAAGAAAUCUAAAUUUAUUUACUUAUUAGUUUAGAAAAAGUUCCAUUGCACACAAUUAUAUUUGUAAUUUUUAUGAAUAGAUACAGCAAAAUAAUAACUGAGAUUGGUACUUCAUCUGAUAUUUACUGUACGAAUUUUUUUUUAACGUAGCCACUUGCACGUCAAAUAAUUCCUUGCAUUUUUAACUUUUUUUAGCUAUGAUGAAUAUGAAGAAAUAUAUCUUUUUCUAAUUCAUUUACUUUGAUUGUAUGCUGCACCUCUGUUUUUAUGGUUUUUAUCAUCUUUCUGUUAGUCAUGGUUGGGCUGAUCAGUUCAGAGAGCUUUCUUUCAAGCACAUACGCUGUAUAUGCCCUCAUGCGUAAGUCAUUCUAAUUGUUAGCAUUGGGUUGAAUCAUGUAUAAAAAAUUUUUUUCAAAGUUUUGUUUUAUCAGCCCCAUAUUAAGUUAUUUUCUGAACUAUUCCAGUCAAUAAAUAUAUCUUUGUAUCAUGCUGACCUGGCAUUUUAAUACAUGAUUAAUUUAAAUGCUGACACCACCAAAAAAAGUGAUCUGGCAUUUGUAGCAUUAUCAUGAUUAUUUCUUUUGAUUCCUACAGACCUCAUAAGCCAGUUUCCCUCAAUGCUGGAAUGGUAAUGCCUUCAUGGUAAACAAAAAAAUUGCAUUCUUACAAUGAACUUGUCUGUUUGACCAAAAAUUAUUUGUAUUACUUGUGCUAAUUUAUACAGUGAUACCUCAACUUAUGAACUUAGUUCAUUCCUGACUGUGAAUCAUAUCUUGAAAAGUUUGUACCGGGUAUCUCAAAUUCCAAUUUCCAAUUACAUCUUACAGGAAAUUAAUUUUAAGAAAAUGCAAAGAAAUGGAUCAGUAGUGAGAAGGAGCAUUUUUAGGAGUUAUGCAUACACCAUUAAACAUUUUUAUUUAUCAAAUCUUGUGCACACAUACGCUAGACCUGUUCGUCCCAAACAUGCGUGCGCCUGUCAUUCCUUCAUUCAUUUCAUAGAAAUCACACAAAGAAAUUCAUACAUAAUGUACAAAUAUUUAAUAUAAACCAAAUAAAACUCUUCACUAAUUUUAUUGUUUGAUUAUGCAAAUAACAAAAUCGAUACAGAAAAAAAAAAGCAAAUAUGUACAUGCGUUGAAUUCCAUAUAAAUGCGACAUAGUAACAACAAACACCACAGGUACAGCAUGUGUGCAUGCACAGUGCAUUGAAGUUCAUAUCUCAAAUCUAAGUUAGUAUGUAAGUUAAUCUAAGUUUUGUAUCUCAAAAAGUUCAUAAGUAGAGCGUUUUGUAAGUUUUGUGUAGCUUUUUAGUUUUAUUUAUAAAUGAUUUUUCUUCUUCACCAUUGUUAUGUAAUUCCUUUCGGCUCUUACCAAGAGUUAGUGAAAUUUAAUUAAAUACUUGUUUAAGAAUUAAUCAAGACUAGCUCUAUUAUCUUUUAGGCUAUAUCAUUUGAAGUUUUGAUAGUGAGUUAACAUAAAUUAUUAUAGAAAUAAAGUAGUGGGAAUUUAAUUAAUUCACAAGUAUAAUUAUUUAAAAUAAUAAUUCUUUGUUAAAAAAUUAAAUGAUUGUUAGUAGUUUCAGAUUUUGCUUUGUACUUCACUUAUGUAUUGAUAUGUCCACAUAAAUUUAAAAAAAAUUUUUUUUUGAGGUUUGAUAUACGUGGCCUAGACCCUAAUAGUCCAGAGGAUGAACAAGGCAUUAGAGACUCAUCAAGAGAAUGUGAGUUUGUUUUUAAAUUUAAUUUUCUGAGUUAUUUGUUUUCAAAUAUCAAGCAAUAUCAACGUGUAAAGCAUCUAUGUUCAACAUCCAAUUACUUCUCUUACUAGGAAUGUAUCUAGAAGUUAGAAGUAUUACAUUUUAAAAAAAAAUUAACUGCAAGAUCUUUGUCUUAAGUUAAAAUGAAUUUUUCUAAUGUGACAAAAUGUUAUAUUGCACAUCAUUGUUGUUGUACCAGGUUUAGCUAAUGGUCAAAUCUCCAUUUAUUUCCAUUCUUAAAACUGUUUCAGUAUUUUGAUUUAGCACACUUAAUCAUUAUUCCCAAUAACGUUCCUAAAACUAUAAUUAUUUUAACUGUAAAUUUUUAAUCUCUCAGUACAGCAAUUGAUCGCCAAAGAAAUUAGUGAUGGUAUACCAGCUGAAAAAAUUGUUAUUGGAGGGUUUUCUCAGGGAGGGGCUGUCGCAUUGUACACAGCUUUUGGAACAGAUACAAAGAUUGGUGGAGUUUUAGCUCUAAGUACUUGGAUGCCAAUGAACAAGUACUUUACCAAUGAUAGUGUAAGUAAAUCAGUUUUUUCUUGAAUAAUUAUGAGAAAUUGUGAUUGAUAAAAGGUUUGACCAUGCCCAUCACAUUGUUCGGGGGGGUUGGUGGGGGGGGGGUUGAUGUCAAGAAUCAGGAGCACAUUCUAUAGGAUUUGGCUAUUUAUGGUAAAGCAAUAUAUAAUUUGUCAUAAAUAGUAAUGGUACUAUACUUAAAACAAAGUUCAUUCAAAUAAAACUGGUUGAGUGCUGUUAUACUUAAUAUUUUGUCCUUCAAAUUUAGAAUACCAAAUAUAAUACCAGAGUUCCUGUUCUGCAAUGCCAUGGAACUUCAGACCCUUUGGUGUCUCACAGAUGGGGUCAUGCUACUCAUGAAAUAAUUAAGACUUUUAAUCCUGCUGCACAGUUCAAACCUUACAACCAUUUGGGACACAGCUCCAAUCAUCAAGUAAGCUUUUUGUUACCUUGCUCAGGCAUCUUCCUCAUGGAGAACAAUACCAAAUUUAAAAAAAAAAUUAAGUUCAUAUUUUUAAUCAAUCUUCUUAAAUUUUGUAGAUGAUUUAUUUAAUAUUAGAUUAUUUCAUACUCUAAAAUCAUCUUUUAAUUCAUCAAUUUCAUUAAAAAUUAAAUCUAGACAUGUCAUAGUCGUAAUACAUUACUAUGAGUAAGUUUACUUAAUUAGUCAUUUAUUUUAAGGUAAAUCUUGUGAAUUUUAGGAUUUUAAAUCUUUGAAAAUUGUUAGAUCCUAAACUUGUGUGUUUUUACAUUCGUCAAGACAAACAUGAGGUUUUAAAUUCUUUUCCUUUUUGUCUUGUUUAAUAUUUUGCAUAUCCUUAGUUUCAAUCAAUAUUUUAUGUAUUUCAGGAAAUGGAAGACGUCAAAGCUUUCCUACAAGAAGUUCUUAAAGAUUCCUGAAGUUUUUUUGGGGUUAUAAGGGUUUGGAAAUUUCUGGAUUUUAUGCUUUAAAAAAUAAAUAAUACAAACUUUUCAUGUUGAAUAAAACAGUUUUUUUCUGAAAGAAAUGAAGGAACAUCAUUAAUUCUCUAAUAGUUUCAUUCAGCUUUUAAAAAUGAAAAUAAUCUUCACAAAAUUAUUAAUUUUGUGUUUUUUCAAUGGCUUUAAAUUACAUCAGUUUUAGAAAUGGGACAUGAUCUAGUUAAUUAAGAAAUGUAUUUACAAAAUAAGGAUGUUUUCUUUUUAUCCUUGGCAAUCUGAUUAGUACCAGUAUUUCAAUGAUUGAAAAAUGAAAUUAGUGCACAUGUGACUUUUAAGAUAAUAAGUCUCUUUUAAAUGAAAAUAUAAUUCUUGUUAGGGCUAGGACAUACAGCUUGGGUUUGAUUAUAUUCUUAGUAACAUUAGAGUAGUUCACAUUUUACAUAUUAUAAUUAAACAUAUAUUUAUUAACUAAUAAUUUGGUCAAUAUGUAAGAUUUUCAUUUUUUUUUAAAACUUUCUUAAUAACACUAUGUGUUGUCAAAGAUAUUUUGAAUAAAAUGAUCUAAAAGUGUUUUUAUAUAAAAUAAAGAUGAGACAAUAGCAGUUGACUACUGAGUUUAUUUUUUUAUUGUGCUCAUUGUUAUAUAGUUAUUUCCACCAUAAGUUCAGAGCAUAUUUUUUUAUUAAAAUUUUUUUUAAAUUAAUCUUAAUAUAUAACACUACUAUAAUAAACAGUUGGUUGGGAGAAACAAAAGAGUAUAUAUCACUGUCAAUGUCUUUCUCCAUGGAAGUAUAUUUUAUAUUGUGUGUAUAGAAAGUAUGGUUGCAUGCAGUGAUAAUUCCAAGGGAGCAGCUUUUUUUUUUUAUUAAAGCUUCAAAUUCAUUCUUGUUCUUUGUGAAUUUACCACAAAACAGUGUAUUUUAUCUGCCAUUUUAUAAGCUAUAAUUUGUGGAGGGUGCAUUCUGAUGUUUUGAUUUAUAGAAUUUUAAAAAUUUAGAUUUAUGAUUAAUAUAAUGGAAUGCAUGCUACUUAUGUUGUUUUUUAAAGAGUUUAAAGUAAGUGGUUAAUUUUUUCUUCCAUUUUGUAACAUGCAUGUUACCUACUUUGUUAUACAAGAUAAGUUGUGUUCAUUCAUAUGUUUUACAUAUUUUUAUUGGAACAGUCAAUUCCUCUCAGUUUUUAGUUACUUCCAGCAGUAAAUGUUAAUUGUUUUAAUGUUAAUUAUGUGUCAAAUAAAAAAAUAAGUCAAAUGUUGUUGAAUUUUAUAUAACAUUCUGAAAAGUAUGUUAAAAUUAAACUUAAUUCAGUGGGUGUGACAAUUAAAAUAGCAGAUGCAAGUCACCAGUUAUUUCCAUUAAAAGUUGUUGUUAAAGGAAUAAUGUGUGUCUCAUUUUGUUCCAGUGUGUAAAGAUGAAUGAUACUAAUCUUAUGUUAUGCAUCAUUUAUUAAGUUAAUAUUACUGAAAACUUUUUUUAUUUACAAGACUGCAAUAUUAAAAUGAUUCCUAUGCUGAAUGUCUCCAUUUAAAAAGAACGUUGCAAUAUGGCGCUAUGAUUAUUCACCAUAACCAAUAUUUGCUAUGCACUGGAUUGCUUCUAAAAGUUAUAGAAUGGUGGUUGAUUAUCCCCCUUAAUUACAUUUUGAUCAUUUCAACUCGCUAUAAAGAUUUUAAAGUUGAAGAAAUUGUAUUUACUCUAAAAAACUAAAAUUCUAAGUACCCGGUAGUCAGAAAUGUUGUGAAUCUUUGCAUCAACUAAAGAUAUAUAGGCCAGGUAGAGCAGAUUUUUCAAAUAUAUGUGAAUUUUUGUUUUUAUUGUAGUUGUAGUAAAUUGGAGAAAUAUUGCUUAUUUCAUAACAUUCUUAAUUAUCGCUUUUAGUUUUAGACACUUCUUUAUCAUUAUAAAUUUAUAAUUUACACACAAGUAGAUGUUUAACUGUACCUCUACUAAUUAACAUAAUGUGUAAGCCAGUUUUAUUUGAUAUUGGUUAUCUCAUACUUGUAAUGGUUGCAAGGAACUUUUGACUUUACUUCUCUUUAUAUAGCAAACCAAAUAUAUAAACUAUUUUCCAUUAUGUUUGGUUACCUAAGAAAUCAGCAAAUUUAGGUCUACCUCAUUGCCAAUAGAGAUAAUACACCAAACUGUAAUUUAAAAAUCCCUAAAGACUUUGAAAAAAAAAAAAAACAUCACUGUCAUUACUAUUAACAAUUCGUUGUGGUGGGAGAUAAGUGUUAUGAAAACUGUCGAGAUACACUAGCUCAAUAUACGAUGGAAUGUUUUUUCCACAUCUUAUAAAUGCACAAAACAUUUCAGGACAUUUAGAAUGAUUAGGGUAGUUCAUUCUUAAAUUUGUUUCCCAAUCGCGCAUUUUUUAAAGUUUUCUAUUUGUUGGAAGAAAUUGAUUGCUUUUGUUUUUAAAACCAUAAUUUAGUAAAUGGAAGAAAAAAAAACAACUUUUCCUGAAUGUAUAAUAAUUUGGUCAAAUUUGUUCAUAUUCAUAAAUUGUUAUUUGCAAUUGGGAUGAUCCCUAUUAGUAUUUAAUUUAACCAUAAUGUGAGUUAUUUUGAGUUAUUUUUGGACGGAUUCUUUGUCUUCAAAUAAAUGCGUCUGAAUAUUCCAG